AUGCAAAGGGCCCUCCACGAGAGCGACGGCAACUGGACCGAGAGCGACUGCUCGGAGGCGCGCAGGAGCGGCGCUCUGUGGAGCGGGCAGGCGCGCGUGUGCCGCCGGCAGCCCGCCGCCAUGCGCCACGUGGCGGCGGCCGCCCGCGUCGCGCGCGCCACCUGCCUCGGCGCGCACGCCGGCGAGAGGUGGAACUGCUCUUCGGUGGAGCUGGCGCCGCGGUUCACGCCCGACCUGCUCACAGGUGAGCCCCUAGCGAAGAAGUCUGCGGAGGUUUUUUUUAUGCCGCCGUUCACGCCCGACCUGCUCACAGCAUGGCAGUUCUUACUUUGCUAUGCUGCAACGAAAUAUAAUAGAAGGUGGCUGACUUUUCUCCCCUCCCCCCUCGCUUGCUGGCAACCUGGCAGCCCCGGCGACGGGUUUUUAUGUAGACGCGGGCAGCGUGACGGACGGUGCCUUCCCACCGGCGCCGUCCACCUCAGGCGUCCGUCCCGCACCGAGUGCGGCUUAUUUGCAUACGCGGAGCAUUUUAUUUAUCGCUUCCCGGGGAUUUCGACGUCACUACAAUCGCCGGAGGCUGACAAAAGAUUUAAUUACACGCAUGAAUCAGAGAAGCGGGGCGUGGGGCGGCCCAGAGGGGGCCUAAUGAUAACCUUAAGCGGUGCGUUCAGGCGCGCCCUGCACUCGAGAUGGCAGCGCGAUAAGCCAGACCGCCAUUGUCUAAGGUCUGAGCGAGCGAAGACCCUCCGUGCGGGCCCUAUCGGGAUUCCGCCGUUAGAUUGUCCG